GCCUUCAGUUAAACCUGGGCUCUGGGAAUGGCUGGAGGAACGGGGCCCUGGGGGAAAUGAGUAGAUUUCUCCCAUCUCAUAAAGGCUUCCACUGUUCCCAGAGGGAUGGCAUCCACUCCCAUCAAGAAUGAGGAGAAAAAGCAAAGCCGGCCACCUCAAGCUGCAGCCUCCCGGCCGAAGGUUUCAGUAUCCCGUUCUGAGGAAUUCCUGACCCGGAUCAGCACAGAACUCACUGAUGAGGCCUUAUGUAUUGCUGGCUGUGUGAACCCGGUGCCGCCUGUCAAGGAAAAGCAAACAAAAGACCAAGGGACUCAGAUCUCCAGACACGCAUUGUUCACCAAUACGCGAGGCACAGACACCCGUUCUGACAAAAACCGUACUCGAAACAAGGCACAUCUCCUGCCAUCUCCUCGUGAAAAGGGAGCUCGCACAGCAGCUUGACCACUGGGGGAUGAACCCUACUUCCGGCCUCUUCUGCCCUCCUUCCCCCAUUUUGUCCUCCUGGAGCAUGCAACUUGUUACGUACUCCUUUGAGAGGGAUCCCUGCUCACACCUGAAGCCAACAAAUGGCUCUAGAACCAUCACGGGACUCUCCAU